CUUCAAACGGAGAACUGGAGGAUCGGAUAUUAAUGGAAAGAGUCUGAUAAGCGUUUCCGGAUUGGGAAAUCAGCCCAACAAAGUGGACAGAAUAAAGUGUAUACAGACUCCGUGUAUACGAAGUAUAUAUUAUAUACAGACUGGGACCAGUGCAUGUCUGUGUAAGGACAACAGAGGGCAAGCAGGGUACUUUUUACAUGCUAUAAAAUGCCACUCAAUAAUGAAAAGCCCUGUGGAACUGAGGAACCAAUGAGUGAUUCUGACACAUCAAGACUUUCUGAGAGCACAACAACUUCCAGCGAUAAUGAGUCCCCCAGGGAAAGCUUCACUAGUGACUCUUCAAGCAAGCAUGCUUCCCCUUCCUCAAGUCCACCAAAGCCAGUGACAUUAGAUGAUAUGAUGGCAACUACAAGAAACCUCGGCAACUUAAUGCUGGCCCAUGAAAUUGUCACAAAUGGAAAUUUUCAGCUAAAUCACAUAGAUCCACCUCAAAACAGCUUAGAAGGAAGAGUAAAACAAAUUGUUCAUAAAGCAUUUUGGGAUUGCUUGGAGUCAGAACUAAAUCAGGAUCCACCCCAGUAUGACUACGCUAUCAAACUCUUUGAUGAAAUUAAAGAGAUCUUGCUUUCGUUCUUGACCCCUGGUACAAAUAGGCUCCGGACUCAAAUCUGUGAAGUUUUAGAUGUGGACCUUAUAAAGCAGCAAGCUGAGCACAAUGCUGUUGAUAUUCCUAAACUUGGAAGUUACAUUAUUAGCAUAAUGGCAAAGUUAUGUGCUCCUAUUCGGGAUGAAGAUGUUAAAAACUUGAAAGCAACUGGAGACAUUGUGCAGAUGUUACGUGAUGUUUUACAUGUUUUGGAUCUUAUGAAGAUGGAUAUGGUCAACUACACUAUUCAGAAUAUCAGACCACAGCUUCAGCGUCAGUUAGUGGAGUAUGAAAGAGGGAAGUUUCAGGACAUACUUGCAAAGACUCCAGAUGCCCUUAAUCAAACAACCGAAUGGAUUAAUGAAUCCUUUAGAGAUGCCAUGCAAAAACAGUCUGAUGGAAGUUCCUCCGGUGCUAAUGGAGUAUCUAUGGAUAAUCUCAGUCCUACGUUGGUGCUGAAUAGCGGGUAUCUGAAACUUCUGCAGGUGGACUAUCAAAAUGCUGUGCCAGAGACUCUCAUAACUGAUGAUUUGCGUAUUCAAGAGUUACGACACAAACUACAACAAGUUAAAAUUGUGGCUUCUGUGUGUCUAGUUACUCAGAAUGCAAUGGGGUCUUAUUGCACUUCUUCAUUUACUGAUCAUAUCAAAGAGAUUUCAGCAAUUCUCCUCCAGGGCAUGAACAACAGGGCAUUAAAUUUGAGAGAGCCUCUUAAUGCUUUAAGUGUUAAGAUCUGUUAUGAGAUGAACAAAUCCUUGACGGAAAGAGGUCUACCCACACUGAGUUCAGAGGCACAAACAAAUUUGCAGGGCCAGAUCUGCAGCAUUACUGAAAAGGAUCAUCCUAUUUACAGUUUGAUAGAAAAACGGAUGCAAGAGUACCUAAGCACAUUUCUUUGUCUUCCUUAUCCAUACAAACGGGUACCCCUGCUUCCUGGAGGCCUUACUACUGUUCAGAAGGAACUUGAAUUUGUUGCAUUUCAUUUUGCCAGCAUUGUAAACUUUAACAAACAGGUGUAUGGACCUUUUUAUGCCAAUAUCUUCCGAAAGCUGCUUUUCAGCGAGACACCAGGAAAAACCACAGAAACUGUGUCAUCAUGAGAAAAUGGAACUUUUUUUUUUUAAAUGCAAGGGUUGAGAUUCUAUUCAAAA